AUGGGGACCUCGAUUUUAUCUGAAGUCUGGACUCAAAGAGGAGUUUUUUGCAUGCUUUUGCUCCUCUUGCUCUGCUGCUUUAGUGGGAAAUGUGAGCCUCAGGAAUCAAAACCUUCAACGCCAGCUAACGUCCCCACUGUGAAACCUCUCCACAACCAAAUCAAUGCACCUCAGGCCUUCCCAGAAGAAGAGAGGGCCAGCCUCCCUGUGUUUACUAUGGACUACCCCCGGAUUCAGGUCCCCUUUGAGUUUACUCUGUGGGUACUGCUGGCCUCCUUUGCCAAAAUUGGUUUCCACAUUUACCAUAAAAUCACCAUUUGGAUCCCAGAGUCCUGUCUCCUGAUCACAAUUGGCCUCAUCGUCGGUGCCAUCAUGCACUCCGUCAAAGAGGAACCCCCCGCUGUGCUCAGCUCCAAUGUCUUCUUCCUCUACAUGCUCCCACCCAUCGUCCUCGACAGUGGUUACUUUAUGCCCACAAGGCCAUUUUUUGAAAACAUUGGCACGGUGCUGUGGUACGCCGUGGUGGGAACUCUGUGGAACAGUAUUGGCAUUGGGCUUUCUCUGUUCGCCAUUUGCCAGUUUGAAGUGUUUGGAGUGCAAGAUAUCAACCUGCAGGAGAACUUGCUGUUUGCCUCCAUCAUUUCAGCCGUGGACCCAGUGGCUGCUCUGAAUGUGUUUGAGGACAUUGGAGUCAAUGAACAGAUUUACAUAGUCAUAUUUGGAGAGGGCCUCUUCAACGAUGCUGUCACUGUGGUGCUUUACAGCAUGUUUGCCUUUUUGGCAGACUUACCCAUUGUUGAAUCCAGUGAUGUGUUUUUGGGAGUGGCCAGGUUCUUCGUGGUGGGGUUUGGGGGUGUCCUUUUUGGCCUUCUUUUCGGAUUCGUGGCUGCUUUCACCACACGUUUCACCCACAACGUCCGUCAGAUCGAGCCCCUCUUCGUCUUCAUGUACAGCUACCUGGCGUAUCUGGUAGCUGAGCUGUUUGCAAUCUCCAGCGUCUUGGCCAUUAUAACAUGUGCCAUAACCAUGAAGUACUACGUGGAGGAGAAUGUAUCUCAGAGAUCCUGCACCACCAUUCGCCAUGUUGUGAAGAUGCUGUCCACCGUCUCUGAAACCCUCAUCUUCUUCUUCCUGGGUGUUGUUACAAUAACAAGUGAACAUGAGUGGAACUGGGCCUACAUCCUGUUUACCCUGCUCUUUGCCUUCAUCUGGAGAGGACUUGGAAUUCUGGUGUUGACUCAGAUCAUCAAUCCGUUCCGCACCAUCCAGUUCACUUUCAAGGACCAGUUUGGACUCGCCUAUGGAGGCCUGCGAGGGGCAAUCUGCUUCGCCCUGGUCUUCACAUUGCCCAGUAACAUCAACAGAAGGAACCUGUUUGUCACGGCUUCAAUCGCCAUCAUUAUUUUUACUGUUUUUAUACAGGGCAUCAGCAUCCGUCCCAUACUAGAGUAUUUAAACAUCAGGAAGACCAACAAAGACCUGAACACCAUCAAUGUGGAGAUUCACACCAGGGUGAUGGAGCAUGUUGUUUGUGGUAUUGAGGACCUGUGUGGACAGUGGAGUCACUAUUACUGGAAAGACAAGUUCAAGAAAUUCAACGAUCGUUUUUUGAGGCGCAUCCUGCUUCGAGACAACAGGGCUGAGUCCAGUAUUGUGUCUCUGUAUAAGAAACUGGAGCUGCAGAAUGCCAUUGACUUACUGGACACACCUAUGGGAGACAUCAGUGCUGCGCCAUCUAUUGUUUCUCUACAUGAUGAGAAGAAGAUGGAGAAGGAGAUGUCUCGACCCAAGAAGAAGUUCCUGGCAGCUGACGUGAGGAAAAUGCACGACAUCCUGUCAAAGAACAUGUACAAGAUCCGUCAGAAGACGAUGGCAUACACCAACAAGUACAAUCUGCCCGACGAAAGCCGAACCAGGGAGAUUCUGAUCCGCCGCCAUGCGAGCAUCAGGCGGAGCCUUCGUGCAGGAAGUUUCCAUGAGAUGCCAGCACAGAAUAUCCCCAAGUCUCAGAAGUACUACUCCCUCCAACCUGGUGGAGAUCUGGAGUCUGCCUUUGCCCUCAGAAGACGAAGUCACGGUGGUGGUGAGGUGGACCGUCUCUCGGCUCGUCUCCAGUCCUCUGGUGUGUCGCUCCGCUCCUCGUCCCGCUCUCUAGUACCUAUGAGGAGGUUGAACACCAUCAAGGAGUCUGGAAGUGCAGGGGAGCAGUCAGCCACUUCUGCCUACCCACAUGCUCCAUCUCCUGGAGCACACAGGAGAGCACCAGUUCCUGCACCCAGGAGACGCAGUUCAGAUUGGGCAGAAGGAGACGAAGACCUUGCUGACCUUGAACAUCCAAGUGGAGGGGUGCAACCACUUCGUCCUCCCCAGCUACCACCACCUCGUGGCUGGUUACCCGAGAACCAGGAUCCCAGAGAAAACGGGGCGGGAAAUCCCUUACUUAGACACUCCUCACAGGGGCCUCGAGGAUCAGGGAGAUCAUGAUGAAGUGAGAAGGACACAGGAAAGUAUUUCGGGUCUGGUGAAAUGAGACAUAUACUGUAAACCUUUCCCGACGAAGUGGAGCUGCUCUGGAGGUUGAGUCCUUCUUUUUGGUUGAUCAAAAAGGGGAUAGUGUUAAAAGCCAAAUGAACUAACUAAAUAAUUUACAAGCUUGAGCAUCAUAACACAAAGGAGCAAUAACCCAGACUAUGGACACUCUGCCUUAUUACUUCCUCCUGAAAUCUUUCUCUAUGUCUGUAAAAUAAAAUCAGAAAUGCUACAAUGCAACACGUAUUGCCGUGUUCUGCAUGGUACAUGUGUAUUUGCACAUACAUAGACCUUUUUAAUUUGUCAGUUUUUAUAUGUGUGCAUGGGUAUAAUUGUGUGGAAGUCCUGAAGGUCAAUAGUUUAAAUGACUGUAAUAUUUAAAAUAAGUAUACAGUAAAUUGUUUACUAGUAGUAUUUUUAUUUAAACACUGUACUGUGAUUUUAAUGACUAAAUGUAGCCAGUGUA